AUCUAUACCCGAGUUAGGACACAAGUAGAGUCGCUUCCAAGGACGUCCCUGGCGUUCCCUGCAUGAGUUGAAAAGGGCCAGGUGUCAAGUCUGCUGGUGGCUCUUCUGCUCCAAGGCAGUAUGCCAGGCGUGGCCAGCAUUGUGCAAAGCCCUCCUUUACCUGUUCGACCUCCUUGGACAGGAUGCCUUCAGAAAUCUUGCUGAAGAUAUUUUCCUACUUGGAUGCUGUGAGUCUCUUAUGUGCUGGAUGUGUUAGCAGGCGCUUUUAUCAUUUAGCCAGUGACAAUCUUAUUUGGAUCAGAAUCUACUCAACUGUAUUUUUAUCUAAGAGACUGAAUUGCAAGUUUAGUUCAGUAGAUGAAACAGCGGCAUCUGUAAGCUCACUGUCUGUAGAGGAUAAAGAAGCUGGCUAUUGGAAGAAAGAGUAUAUCACAAAGCAGAUCUCCUCUGUGAAAGCAGCAUUAGUCCAGAUUCUCAAGCCUGUCAGUCCCUACACAGGUCUUCCCAUAAAAACCAAAGAGGCCCUCAGAAUAUCUGGCUUGGGUUGGGCUAUUGUAUUGAAAGAAAAGAGUGGAAGAGAACACAUCAUACAACAUGCCGAUCUCUCCUUAAAUGAUACAUCUGUUACUGUUUCAUGGUAUGGCAAAAAUUGGCCAUGUUUAGCUGCAUUGUCGACCUUGGAUGUGUGUGGUGUGACACCCGUCUUUAUGGACCGCUAUAAACCCCCUGCUAAAUAUGGACCUCAAUGGUUGUCUUUAAUUGCAAAGUAUGAUCUGAGUCAUUUAAACAACUCUACCAUGAUUGGCUGUGACAAACUUGUUCGUAUCUUCUGUCUAAACCCUGGCCUUCUGGUGGGGCUGUGGCAGAAGGAAGAUGGACUGGCUUUUAUUAUGGCAAAUCUUCAUUUCCAUCACCUGGUGGAGAGGAGCAUUUUAGGUUCAGCCACUCUCCCCUAUGUGCUACCUACUCACAGUCCCUUUUUGGAUGACAACCCUGAGUAUGGACUGCAAGGCUAUCAACUCCACAUUGACAUGCACGGUAGUGGAAUUUUCUACCUCUGUAGUACAUUUCACAAUCUCCUCUCCAAGGAAGGGUGCAUUGAGAAUGGAUAUGUGAAGUUCAUGGCGAUAAAUUUUAAAAAUAACAAAGAACACCUACCUCUUAUUGGAAAACCUGGCCUUGCUUGGAAAACUAAUGUGUUUGAUGGCUUCAUAGAGAGCUGUUCUGUAAUAGACAUCACCUUGUUGGAUGAGUACAGGAAGCCCUUCUGGUGCGUGAGUACUCCAGUGAGCAUGCAGGCUGUAUCCUGCCCCCUGGAUGGCCCAAACUUCGUGGGGCACACAUACUGUGUGGACUACAUGGAUGCAGAGGGAGGGGUGCAUGCAGAGCUGGUAUGGAUCGAAGAGACAGAGGAGUUCUUCAUUGUCAGCCUGGUCCUUUACCUCAGCGUAGAAAAAAUAAACUACUGGUUUGGAACAAAAUACUAAGUUGUUUUAGUAGUAGGUGGCAAGUUAUUGUAAUUACUGAGCUGUAUCUUUUUUACUGGCAGCUUUGUUCUUAUUGUUCGAAGUUAAAAUAAAGCAUAUCUGUUGAA